UACAAUCACAACCUGGGUUAGGUGGUCUGUGGUCACGUUUCUUCUUCAUCUCUCCUCUCUCUCUCUAGCUUUUUGUUGUCUUCCUUCAUCAAUGGCCACCACUCUCUCCUUCCACUCUCCAUCCAAACCAACUUCCCAUUUCCAUUUCCAGCUCAAACCCAAACCAUCUCCGCCGCUUUUCGCGAAAGUCUCCUUCUUUCGAUGCAGAGCCUCCGUCCAAACCCUCGUCGCCGUCGAGCCGGAGCCCGUUUUCACCUCCGUCAAGACUUUCGCGCCGGCGACCGUCGCUAACCUAGGCCCGGGCUUCGAUUUCCUAGGCUGCGCCGUCGACGGCCUCGGCGACCACGUGACUCUCCGCGUAGACCCCUCCGUGCGCGCCGGCGAGAUCUUGAUCUCGGAGAUCACCGGAACCGCGACGAAACUCAGCACCAACCCUCUCCGGAACUGCGCCGGAAUCGCCGCGAUCGCGACGAUGAAGAUGCUAGGGAUCCGAUCAGUCGGGUUGUCGUUGGAUUUGCACAAGGGCCUUCCUUUAGGAAGCGGUCUAGGCUCGAGCGCAGCUAGCGCCGCCGCAGCCGCCGUGGCGGUUAACGAGAUCUUCGGCCGGAAGUUAAGGAAGGAGGAAUUGGUUUUAGCCGGUUUGGAAUCGGAAGCGAAAGUCUCCGGUUAUCACGCGGAUAACAUCGCGCCGGCGAUCAUGGGAGGGUUCGUUCUGAUUAGAAGCUACGAACCGCUUGAUCUGAAGCCGUUGAGGUUCCCUUCGGACAAAGAUCUCUUCUUUGUCCUAGCGAGCCCUGAGUUCGAAGCUCCGACCAAGAAGAUGAGAGCUGCCUUGCCUGCAGAGAUUCCGAUGGCUCACCAUGUCUGGAACAGUAGCCAAGCGGCUGCUUUGGUCGCGGCGGUGCUGGAGGGAGACGCGGUGAUGCUCGGGAAGGCUCUGUCGGGGGAUAGAGUUGUGGAGCCGACGAGGGCUCCGUUGAUCCCGGGGAUGGAAGCUGUGAAAAAGGCGGCUUUGGAGGCUGGAGCGUUUGGAUGCACGAUUAGUGGAGCUGGACCGACGGCGGUUGCGGUGGUUGAUGUGGAGGAGAAAGGAGAGGAGAUUGGAGAGAAGAUGGUGGAAGCUUUUAUGAAAGUGGGGAACUUGAAGUCCGUUGCUUCUGUGAAGAAGCUUGAUAAGAUUGGUGCGAGGCUUGUCAGUAGCAUCUCCAGGUGAUGUUUGAGAUAUUCAUAUGGUAAUAAAGAUUCUAACUUUAAACUUGUACCCACUCAAGAGAGAGAGAGAGAGAGAGAGAAAGAAUAGAGAUGAGAUUGUUCUUUGAGUACAAGGACAGUGUUCAGUUUCUUGUGACAAGCCUUUGGUUUCUUCUGAGACUUUAAUUUUAGAGAGGGCAUUGUAAAAAUGUGGGGAUUCAUGGGACGUUUUGAGUGAUUGGAUGUUCAAUGAUUUACACGUUUGUGAUUUGUAUUUGGAAUGAACUGGUUCAGGAGUUUAAGUUUUGGUUUUCGGUUCA